CGGCCAGGUUGCAGUUAGUUGGCUUUAGACAGCCGAAUCGUACAUACAGACUACGAUAAGUACGCGCCUUGCUUCAUUUACAUAAAAUUCCAAGAUACUAGUUGGAUUAAAUGGUAUCAUCUUGUUUAUCGAGAUUGUACGGCAGAUUAGAAGCAAAAUAGUUGCGCCAUUUUAAAGUUUUAUCACUCGAAACAUGUUUAAUUUUCGUCAUACGCAGCAGAUAAGUUCAUCUUCGCGCUGAUUCCGAUUAUAAAUUCCGGAUCCGUGAACUAGUUCGGAGACUGCUGAUGCAUCCAGUUUAGAUACCUAGUACUUAACUCUUGCGAGUGAUGUAACGUGUCGUUUUUACUUAUGUGCAACCAACACACAACGCUAAGUCGUGCAAUAUAGUUUGAGAGAUCAGCUCAAAAGUAGUGUAAGUGUCUGCCAAGAAGCAUUGGUCAGCGCGCUUAGACUGCAAUAGAUAACAUUCAAGGGGUACAUCGAGUACAGAAGUAAAGGUGAAGAUAGUUGAUUGUUUCAAUUGCUGUGAACCUGUUGCACAGCCUUCUAUUAUUGCCGGGACCCCUAGUAGGCUUAUCCGGUUUCCAUCGAGCAACAGACAAGGCUCACUCAGUGUUACCUUCAGUUGCCGUUCGGACGCACAUGGGACCACGAUGACUUGCCCGCUGCUUAGUUUCGUCGUCUUCCUGGCCGUGGUGGUCCUCCAGCUGGUGGCCUACUGCAAAGCGGCCCUCAUCGAUUCUUCCGGCAGCUUCGGACGGUUGAAGGAUGACUCACUGUGGACGGCCCACUAUGAUCCGGCAUCACUGCAGCUACAUAUGAACACCGUUCGGAACAUAAGCCUUCGCUUGGACGGAUUCACGGCGGAGGACCUACAGGACCAACCGGACAUUCAACUGAAGAGUGAACGUAGCCACGUGGCCACCGUGCUGCAGGGUAGCAUUCCGGUGGUAGAGAUAAAGGAUAACGGGAUCUACGAGGGUGAGUUCAACGUAUCGGGAUCGUUUCUGGGGUCGGCCAAUUUGUACGUGGAACUGAGGAGGAAAGACAACCAAACGGUAACGUCCAAGGAGAAACUUCCGGUAACGGUCAUCCGGGAGGAACGAGUCAUCGACAAGGUGUUCACGAUAUCGGUGGCCGUUUUGGUUUCGAUCUUGUACAUCAACUUUGGCGCGGCGUUGGACAUUCCCACGCUCAAGGUCAUCGCCCGGAAGCCAAUCGGACCGAUCAUUGGCUUCUUCGCACAGUUCCUGUUCAUGCCUUUGCUGAGCUACGGAUUGGGUCAUGUCCUAUUCCCGGACAGUUACGAGCUGCAGUUGGGACUCUUCUUCACGGGAGUUUCUCCUGCGGGGGGUGCCUCGAAUAUCUGGACGGUGGUGCUUGGAGGAAAUCUGAAUCUCUCGUUGGCCAUGACCACGAUCAGCACUUUCGCUGCGUUUGGCAUGAUGCCCCUGUGGAUCUUUACCCUGGGCAAAACCAUCUUCAGCAAAGGUAACCUGGGAGUUCCUUAUCGCAAUAUCGCUUCCUUUGCCAUUGGCCUGGUUGUGCCACUCGGAAUCGGUCUGCUGAUCCAACGCUACAGUCCCCGGACGGCUCGCAUCCUGGUGCGGAUUCUGAAACCCAUGGCCGCUAUUCUUAUCCUGUUCAUCGUUAUCUUCGCUAUCGUUACGAACCUCUACCUGUUCGAAUUGUUCUCCUGGCAAAUUAUAGUAGCCGGAUUGGGCCUACCGUGGAUCGGUUACAUUUUUGGAUACAUUGCGAGCAAGAUUGCUCGAUUGCCUACCACCGAUGCGCUGGCCAUAUCGGUUGAAACCGGAAUCCAGAAUACCGGUAUCGCUAUCUUUUUGUUGCGAUUCGCACUGCCCCAACCGGAGGCAGAUCUUACUACGGUUGUUCCGGUGUCGGCUGCCAUCAUGACUCCAUUCCCGCUCAUGGCCCUGUAUCUGGUGCUGAAGCUUCGCGAACGGUGUUCGGUACGGAAGGAUGAACUGAUACCCAAGGGACAAAGCCGUCACGCGCUGGCAACCGCCGAGGAUGAAACCCCCUAACUAACUGUUGAUUCAGCUAGAUAUUAGAAUAUACCUAUUUGUUAAACGUUUCUGCAUCUGUACAAACACCUUCAUCAAAGACGUCGAUUUUGUACCGAUUCUAGAGGAAACAAAAGAAUAUUUUUUGUGAUAUAAAUUAA